UUCUGCAUAUAGAAUGUAAGGUUAGGGAAAAAAUGGUACGACAAACUAAGAAUACAUUUCCUCGUCUCUUUGAGAGGAGCACCCCUACUGUUGGGAAGGUUGAUACGAAUCAACAACCAGAUUUAGAAGGCAGGAAGAAAAAGAAGAAGAGUAGAAUGUUAAAGGACAUACGGUCCAUCUCCGAUUGGGAGAGAGUCUUCAGUUCUAGAAAAAGGACUUUGAUGUCAAAAGCAUUGGAGCUUGAACAUGCAACAGGUGCUAUUGUCACUGUAACAGUGCGAGUCAGCAACAAUGUUUAUUAUUAUGCAAGUAGUCAAGUUGUUAAAGACAUUUUGACGAAAACUCCUUUAUUGAAAGGCAACAGCUUCCAUGUCACAAAGAAGAGCUUAGCUAUAGGACUUUAUGGGUUAACGAAUGCUUGUUCUGACACUGAAAGUCAACACAACCCACAACCAUCGACCUCGACUGAAAAUAGACCAUCAACCAGCAAUAACGCACCAGUAACACCAAUCGUUACAACACCAACUAGACAACCAGCACAGAAUGGUAGGUCAGUUAAAUCCCCAUCCGCAAGGACAGCAUUAAAUACCCAUCAAUCAUCAAAACACCCCCCACAGCCCCCCAUACAAUCCACCCCAAUCAGACCAGACCCUCCCCAGAUUAACUUAACCAUCGCCUCUACCUCGAAAACGCCACCCCCCACUGUGCCGCAAGUCAUCAUACCUUCCGAUUCAUCUUCCGAAUCAAGUGAUUCCAGUUCUUCUGACGAAUCAGAUUCAAGUUCCGAAGAAUCUUCCUCAGAAUCUGAGAAAUCGAGCACUAAACCUUAUGUUCCUGAUGUAAAACCAUCGCCAAAACCAGAUCCUUGCCGCAUGCAACACCCAAUACAUCUUCGUAAAACUACAGCAUCAGCUUCAGUCACUAAACCCCAACAAUCAGCCACCAAUAAGUCUCCAAAAAUUUCCAGGAAACCUGCUUCAACUUUUGCCAAAACAUUCGAUAAAGUUUUCUCUCCAAGCAAAGAAAAACCCCAAGAACAAAUUCGUAAUAAACCUAAUACCAGAAGUAAUUCAACUGUUACAGAUUCUGUUAACCUUCCAAAUCCAGAACAAGUUACUGAACAAUUUUUCCCAUUAAAUAGUGACUCUUUAGAACAAAAUCCAUCGAGCUCUUUGCUGCAAAAGCCACCUAGUAAAAAGAAACCAAACCCUAACCCAGUUACAUCAAACCCAACACAUAGCGGAAUACCAAAACCUGCCGAGCUUAACGUUAUUAAAAAUUCUUUACCUGAGACAGAAGAACAAACAGAAAGUUUGAAAAAAACGAACCAACGUGCGUUUGUUUCUAGAGAAGCAGCGCGUGCAUCUGCUCUCAGUUCUCCUGGUCAAUCGAAUGUAAUUGGGAACAAAUAUGGCUUUGCUGAGGGCAGUCUAGGGGCUUAUCUGCUAAGUUUACAAAUGUUCAAAGAAGAAGACAUAAAAAACAACAGUGAUCCUAGAUCUUAUGACUUUUUAAACAAUAUUGCUGCUAAGGCUUUACAGGAUAAAAUUUUAAUGGAAAAGACAGAAACAAGUGAAAAUAGAAAUGAGUGUAAAACGGAUGACGGCAAAGUUGAAAUUAAUGCAGAGAAUAGGCCUAGUACAUCUAUGGAUCCAACAAGUACAACUAAGCGUAAAAAACCUGAAGGAAAGUUUAAAACUGAAAAAGAUACUCUAAAUAAUAACAUAAAUGAAGCUUCAAAACAAUUCACCUACAUGGAAACCAUGAUGCCAAAUACAUAUCAAAAGACAAAGUUUAAACAAAUGGAUAAUGGAGUAAAGAUGAAAAAGAAUGUCAAAGAACAAACGAAACACCAACGCAUGAAUGCCGAGGAACAAAAUCCGAGUUCACCUCAACAUUUUUUUUUUGACAGGAACGGGGACAAAUCAAAUGGUGGGGAGAAUGGGACAGUUGUUAAAGAUUCCGCUCUAAUACAAGGCCAUGAUUCAAGUACUGAAAAAAAUAGCAAUCACAAAAAAUCACCAGUUAAAAAAACAACAAGGAAGCGUGUGAGACAAAAAAAUCAAAAGAAAAAUUCUACUAAUAAAAAGGUUGAAAAUGUAAAUCCUGAAGAUUUAAAACCCAGUCGACCUGAGCAAACAAAACAGAUUACAAACGGGCGCGAAAAACGGUAUUCGCUAUCGGAAAGAGAUAACCAAAGGUAUUCCAAUCAUGGACAAGCAUAUGAUCAAUACCACUGGAGGUCUCCAAGUUAUAGAUCUAGAUGUAUUUCGGAGCCCUCACAUCCUGUGAGGCAUUUUGGAGCUCCCGAGGUUCAGAGAACUUGCUUCAAUAUCUCCGCCCCUCUGCAAAGCGAGAAUCAAAGUCCAAACAAGCAGAAGCGGGGAAAUAAUGAAAACAUUCCAAACAAAAGACUUCGAGUUGAAGUAGUACCUACUAAAAGGUCAAAUCCGAACAAAAAGACACCAAAAAUUUCAUCUAAAAUAUCAAAAGCUUCCCCUACAGUUCAAACCCCUUCCCAGGACAGAAUGUUUCCAAACACAUCAUCGAUGCGUGGCUUGCGACAUCAAUGUCGGAAACAUUUUGAACAGUACUUAUCGAACACAUAUUUACACUCGGACAUAUCAUUAAAAGGUUAUGUAAACAAAUUGGAGAAACGAAAAGAACUUCUUUUAAUUCCACAAAUAUUGACGCAGCCGAAGUGUUUCAAAAAACUUGCAAAUGAUUUGAAGGAGCAGUUGAAGCCGUAUUAUUCAAACUCAACAAGAACUUCCACAUUGAACAAGUUCGUAUGUGAUGCUUUAAAAGGAUCUUCAUGUUUUGAAAUUUAUAACGGCAAAUGGUUAAAACGAACCCCUCUUUUAAACCCUGCACCUCCUCCAUGACAGGCUUUUAACUCAAUUUAAUUUUACCUUAAACUCUGUGUUCCAUCUGCUAUACGUUAUCACUGCCAAUGUUGAAGUGCUGCUAUAAUUAGUUGGUGCCAAUGUGUUGCAUAUUACAUUACAGUUUCAAACCAAAAGAAGAGUGUAUUUUAUGUUGUUGCAAAUUACAUAAAAGACGCAUACA